AUGGCGCUGUGGCGCGGUUCUGUGUGCGCGGGCUUCCUGGCGUUGGCUGUGGGCUGCGUCUUCCUGCUGGAGCCCGAUCUGCCAGGCUCGGCGCUAAGCACCCUGUGGAGCUCGCUGAGACUGGGGCCCGUGCCCGCGCUCCCGGGACCCGCCUCCCCCGAGGGUCGGCUGGCGGCCGCCUGGGACGCACUCAUCGUGCGGCCGGCCCGGCGCUGGCGCCGCGUGGCCGUGGGGGUCAACGCCUGCGUAGACGUGGUACUUUCAGGAGUGAAGCUCUUGAAGGCACUGGGCCUGCAUCCUGGGGACGCGAAAGACCACGCCAUCCUGCAUUCAAAGAACGAUCUAAAAGAAGCCUUCGUCCACUUCAUGGGGAAGGGAGCGGCUGCUGAGCGCUUCUUCAGCAAUAAAGAGGAUUUUCAUGACAUUGCCCAGAUUGCAUCUGAGUUCCCAGAAGCCCAGCACUAUGUAGGAGGAAAUGCAGCUUUAAUUGGACAAAAAUUUGCAACGAACUCAGAUUUAAAGGUUCUUCUCUGUGGUCCCAUUGGUCCUAAACUGCAUGAACUUCUUGAUGACAAUGUAUUUGUUCCACCAGAAUCAUUGCAGGAAGUGGAUGAGUUCCACCUCAUUUUGGAGUAUCAGGCAGGGGAGGAGUGGGACCAGUUAAAAGCUCCCCAUGCCAACCGAUUCAUCUUCUCCCACGACCUCUCCAAUGGGGCCAUGAAUAUGCUGGAGGUGUUUGUGUCUAGCCUGGAGGAGUUUCAGCCAGACCUGGUGGUCCUCUCUGGAUUGCACAUGAUGGAGGGACAAAACAAGGAGCUUCAGAGGAAGAGAAUCUUGGAGGUUGUCACUUCCAUCUCUGACAUCCCCACUGGUGUUCCUGUUCACCUCGAGCUGGCCAGUAUGACCAACAGGGAUCUCAUGAACAACAUUGUGCAUCAGGUCUUCCCUGUGGUGGCAUCCCUUGGGCUGAAUGAACAAGAGCUGUUAUUUCUCAGCCAGUCAGCCUCGGGCCCGCACUCUUCUCUCUCUUCCUGGGAUGGUGUUCCUGACGUGGGCAUGGUUAGCGACAUCCUCUUUUGGAUCUUGAAAGAACACGGAAAGAGUCCGAGCAGAACAUCAGACCUUACCAGGAUCCACUUCCACACGCUAGUCUACCACAUCUUGGCCACUGUCGAUGGAUACUGGGCCAACCAGCUGGCAGCAGUAGCCGCAGGAGCCCGUGUGGCAGGGACACAGGCCUGCGCGACAGAAGCCAUAGAUGCGAGCCGAGUGUCUCUGCGGGCACCCCUCGAGUUCACCACCUCCCAUUCAGGGGCAGGCUCCAGGAUCGUACUCAACCCUAAUGAGCCCGUGGUAAAGUGGCACAGGGAAGGAAUAUCCUUCCACUUCACCCCAGUUCUGGUAUGCAAAGAUCCUGUUCGAACUGUGGGUCUAGGGGAUGCCAUUUCGGCCGAAGGACUCUUCUAUUCAGAAGUCCACCCUCACUAG